AUGUCUGCCGAGUACACCCCCGAGACCUCCACUGGCGUUGCCGCCGACAAUGACUACGCCAGCCGUACUGGCCAGAGCGAGAUUCCCGUCCAGAAGGACGAGGCUGGCAUUGAGGACCCCAUUGACCCUGACACUGCCGACUCCGACAAGGUUCUUGGUAUGCGCUCUUCCCUCUCAUUCUCUUUAUACAACACAAAGUUAACAUCCCUCCANGAGCAAGACGAGAAGGCUGCCAUGAACGAGGAUAACAUCAUCGAUGACCGCACUCGUGGUGCCGCUAAGCCCAAGGGCUCUUACCAGGAGCCUGGCGAUGAGGAGGUGAGUUUUCUUGAUGUUCAUCAGCAUGAAGAUCUGGUCACUGACAAUUAUGACAGNGGUCUUCCCGGCCCGGACAACGGUACCUCUGCCAUUGCCCAGUAA